AUGCAUUUCAAGUUCUCCCAUCUCGCUGUCCUGGCACUAAGUGUUGUCGGUGGACAAUGCUGGCCAGACGCACCAUUCUUCGGAUCAGGACGCUGGAUCCACAACUCCAAGGGGAACAAUGUCACCUACGCGGGUGUCAAUUGGCCCGGAGCUGCUGAUGUCAUGAUCCCCGAAGGUCUCCAGUAUACUUCUAUCGCCAAGAUCGUCUCGGAUAUCAAGAGUUUGGGAAUGAAUGCCAUUCGGCUGACAUUCGCCAUUCAGAUGAUCGACGACAUCUUGGACAAUGGAGGCGAUGUUAAGCUCUCUGCUGCUUUCAACAAGGCUUUGGGAACUACGAAUGGACCGAUUGUGUACCAGAAGGUCUUGAAGAAUAACCCGAGUUUUUCUGCUAGUACGACAAGAUUGCAGGUAUUUGAUGCUGUUGCCGCUGAGUGCGCGAAGCAACAAAUCUACGUUCACCUUGACAACCACAUGUCCAACGGAAAAUGGUGCUGCUCAGGCGACGAUGGCAACUCAUGGUUCGGCGACACCUAUUUCAACACCGCCAAGUGGAAGCGAGGACUCGAAUACAUGGUCAAACACGGCAAGAACUGGCCCGCCCUAACCAGCAUCGGCAUGCGCAACGAGCUCCGCAACCCAAGCAACAACGCCGGCGUCGCCGCAACCUACAACUGGGGCACCUGGUACACCAACAUGGUCGCCGCCUCCAAAGUCAUCAACGCCGCCAACCCCAACAUCCUCAUCACCUUCUCGGGCCUCAACUUCGACACGCAGCUCAAGCCCGUCGUUGAAGGCACCGAUCUCGGUAACGGCGUUAAGUUCCUCAAGUCAGAUUUCGCGUUCAAAGAUAAAAUCAUCCUCGAGCUCCAUGAUUACGAGAAUUCCAUUACGUCCUGCAGCUCGCUGCAAAGUAAUCUCGUCAAUAAUGGGUUCAGCACGGUGUCUGGCACGAAGGUGAAUACCCUUCCUAUGAUGCUUACUGAGUGGGGACAUAGCCAGGCGGAUAACUCGUACACUGGGGUGUAUGCGAGUUGUUUGAGGAGUUAUCUGCCGGCGCAGAAGAUAGGGUGGUUUUAUUGGGUGGUGGCGGGGAGUUACUAUAUUCGGUCUGGGACGCAGGAUUAUGAAGAGACUUGGGGCUUGUACAAUCAUAAUUGGAGUGGAUGGAGAUCCGCGGCGAAUAUUGUGGAGAUGAAAAAGGCUGUUGCGGCGACUUUGGCUUGA